AGCACGUCAAACAGCAUCAGAGGAACAGGAGACUCAACGUUUCGGGUCGGGACCCUUCUUCAGCAACAGGGAGUUGGAGACAGAGAGACAGACAGUUCGAGAGCAUAGCCACUGUGACAGACACCAGGAUACAGACCGAAAGGGAGAGAGACGGAGCCUCAACAUGCAGCCUCCCCCCAGAAAGGGUCGCGUGAGCCAGGAGGUGAAGCUCAGCUUCUCGGAGCAGUUGUGUAAAGUACAGAGCAAGCAUCAGCAGGAGGCAGAGCUCCUGGAGGACAUCAGGUCGUUUAGUAAACAGAGAGCUGCAAUUGAGAAGGAAUAUGGUCAGGUAAGGAGCGAUACCAGGAACCUGGAUGGGGAUGUCUACGAGAAGCUACAGGAAUACUUCACCCUCAUCAGCAAGACUGAGAUUGACGCUUGUCAGUCAGGACAGCAGUGGUUCCAGAGUGUUCUAGAAUCCUCCAGUAAGAUCUCCCGUGACUAUAACCUUCAGUUAUUCCUCCAAGAGAACCCAGUGUUUACAGAGGCCUCAGCCUUCCUCUUUCAGCCAGCUGGUUCUGAUAAGGUUUGCCAGUUGGAAAUACAACCCGGUGACCAAGACAGAGAGUCCAGUCUAGACAAGGAGGCACGCAAGUGGGCAACUAAACUCGCAAAUAACCACAAAGUCAUCGCCCAUGGCGAGCGGGUUUUACGCAAUUUAGAGCAGCGAAGGAAGCUGUCACCUGAGGAAGAGAUUUCAGGCAUUGAGGCCAAGAUGGAGGAGGUUAAAGAGAGCAUCAGGAAAGCAGAGACAAGCAAGAUGAAGGCAGAUUCACGCCUGAACCUGCUACGUGAAGCUGGACUAGAGGUGGACACAUGGCUAGUCAGCACUAUGAACCAGGCAAGUGAGGAGCUAGAGAGAGAGAGAAAGCUGAGUGAGGCUCGAGUAUCAAAUGGAGGCCUCCCAGAGUUUGAUGAGUUAGAUUUCACAGAUUUCGAGGAAUUUGAUGACACCAGUGAGAUCUUUGAGGGCAGUCAGUCAAACCUGGGCGGUUCUCCCCGAAUGUACCCAGUACUCUGUAAAGUACUCUACAGUUACCAGGCCGCACAGUCUGAUGAACUGACCAUCGCUCUAGAAGAGCAGCUCGAGGUGAUUGAAGAUGGUGACAUGGAGCACUGGGUGAAGGCCCGGAAUAAAUCUGGCCAAAUAGGCUAUGUGCCUGAAAAGUAUCUCCAGUUUCCAGGUGGGAACAGCCUAUCCAGCAGGAUCUCCGUGGUAACAUCCUCUGACAUCACGUCCUAUUCCUCAUCCAGUAGCUCUGCUGAGCAGGAACUGAUGGUUUGCAGUGGCCUGGAGCAGGCAGCAGAUGGAGUCUGCUUGGCCCGGGCGUUGUACGAUUAUGAGGGACAGAGUGCAGAGGAGCUGUGCUUCCCUGAGGGUGGCCUGAUCAAGGUCCUUCACACUGGUGAGCGUGGAGUGGAUGAUGGAUUCUGGGAAGGAGAAUUCAAUGGCCGAAUUGGCGUGUUUCCAUCCUUGCUCGUCGAGCUGCUGGUUGGGGAAGGGACAGAUCUGGAGUUGGAACCGAUGCUGGAUCCCACAUCCCCUCCUCCAUUCUCUCCUCCUGCUCCUGAUUCUAGUGUGGUGCCAUAUCACGCUGUAGGAUCCACACAGCAAGAGAGACUCCAAGUGUCACCUAGAAACAGUGUUUCUGCUGUUCAGAAGGAGGAAUCCCACAUCCUGGAGCCCACUUCUGAAAUGCCUACUGGACGACUUAGACCUAUUCGAGCUGCCCCUCCUCCACCAUCAUCCAGUCCAGUUUCCCACCAGGAUGAGGAACUCCUUGUAUGAAUAUUCCCACCUAAAUUCGGACCCUACAUGUGGAAUCAUAUCCAACUGGAGGAAUGGGUGACAGGCCUUUGGUUCCAGGAUUGGUGCUUCACAUGGGAGAUGUGAGGGGAUCGGACUGUGGUCCUUAUCAGAAUUUCCACGGAUGGGGAACCAGCAACCUACACUUCAUUAAGCUGACACAUCAGGUUCCACACAGAAGAUGGGUUCAUUGGUGUGUUCAUCAAGGGCUUUCUCUAAGAGCACCAACCUUCAUUGUGAACAAUUUAAACGUGUGCAGAGCCUCUCCCGUGGUGAGACAUUCCUGGAACAUGAACAUGGAAUCACGUGAGCAUAUAAAAUAUAGCCAUGGAGUGAACAUUGUGCGAUGGGAUUUGGAAUUCCAACCGAUGACACUUCCUGGAGCCAAGCUGAUUGCCCAAUACUCUGUUUGCUCUCAGGAGCACAAAUGACAAGGGGCAGUGCUUUGUGGCAGUGUCCUGGAAUCUCUGUAAUGUUGAUCUAAUUCGGUGAUCAAUGAAACAGUUAUAUGCCGUUGUGUGCGUAUCUGUCACUGGAUGGGAUGAGUGAUGGUAACAUCAUUACUACUUUGACAUUGGGUUACCUCUGACUCCUCAGUUAUGAAAUGACACAUCUUGAGGGCAUUUCAGGUGAAUUUAGAUGUGAAGAUUGAAGGCAUAGGUUUCAUUGAUUUCAUUUCCUUCUGGGAAUGUGAGGAAUACUGGAAAUACUAAUAGUUAUUGAUAUCCUUGUUUGCCUUGGAAAGAUGGUGGGCUACAUUCUGAAAUCAAUAGGUUUAACACAAAAGAAGUAUCUUGUUGAACUAUUUUGGAAGGUGGUUAUGGUCAAUCAUGUUGAUGUGUAAUAGGACUCAUGUAUAGAUUCAAAUCAGGUAAGGAAUGCAUGUUUCUGUCCCUAAAGGACGCUGAUGAGCCAAUUGGGUUUUUCCCGACAGCUUCAUGGUUACUUUCCCUCAGACCAACUUUUCAUUUCCAACUGCUUUCAAACUCAUAUCACCAUAGAAUCCUACGGUGUGGAAACAGGCCAAUUGGCCCAACAAGUCCACACCACCCCUCCAAAGAGCAUCCCCCCCUACCCCGUCCCCACCCCCACCCCCUUUCCCUAUAGCCCUGCAUUUCCCACGGCUAAUCCACCUGAUUUACACAUCCCUGAACACGAUGGACAAUUUAACAUGGCCAAUCCACCUAACCUGCACAUCUUUGAACUGUGGGGGGAAUCUGGAGCACCCAGAGGAAACCCACACAGACAUGGGGAGAAUAUGCAAACUCCACACAGACAGUCGCCCGAGGGUGGAAUCGAACCCGGGUCCCUGGUGCUGUGAGGCAGUAGUGCUAACCACUGAGCCACCGUACCGCCCCAAUUCUCAAAGUUCCAGCCAAUUAUUUUGCCAGGAGCAUAAGCACUGCAGCAUUCUUCCACUAAUUGUAUUAAACCUCCGACAAUGGUUCAAGACAAAGGCUCAUUAUCACCCCUGCAGGGAACAAACUGCAAUAGGCAAUAAAGUAUUGGUCUUCGGGUGCACCCAUGACUCUGGAAUUGACAAAAUCAAAAUUAUGGGGUUAUCCUUGCUCAGAGUGGACUCAAGUUGUGGAAUAAGAAAACAUUGAGGAUAGGAUGCAGAUGUAAACUCGAUCAAUCAGCUGAGACACUUGGAGUAUAAUGUGUUAGAAUCUGACCUGACCAUGGAAUGAGACUGUGUGUUUGGGAAAGCCUUGAGCUCAUCACUUCUGAAGAGUUCAAUGUAAACUGUCCACCACCUUUAGGAAGAAUGAUGAGGCCUAAAGUGGGUGCAGAGCAGAUUUAUCAGAAUCCUACCAGGAAUGAGGGGACUUCAGCUUUGCGAAAAGGCUGGAGAUGCUGAGAUAAGUCCCUUUAGAGAAGAGAACAUUAUGGGAGGUUUGAUAGAAGUGUUUAAAAUCAUGGAGAGUUCUGACCAGAAUGAAUGGAGGAGAUUUAUUUCCAGUGUCAGGAGGAUCAUCAAUCAGAGGCCACAGAUUUUAAGGUAUUUGACAAAAGAACCAAAGAGGAGAUGUUGAUUAUUUUUAUACAGUCAAAAUUUUUUUAUAUAGUCACUCAAGGGGUAUUGGGAUUCAUUAGCUGGGCCAGUAUUUAUUGUCUAUCCCUAGUUCCCCUUGAAAUGGCCAUUUGUGAGCUGCCCCCUUAAACCACUGCCAACAUCUGGUGUGUAUGCACCCACAAUCUUAUUCCAGAGGGAGUUCCAGGAUUGUCACUCUGUGUCAAUGAAUGGACCUGAUAUGUUUUCUAAAUCAUAAUGGAAAACAGCUUGUUAGGAAACUUGCCUGUGAUGGUGUUCCCAUCCAUCUACUCAACUUGUCCUUCUAGGAAGUAAAAUUAAACAUAAGGUUGGUGUAGUCUUACCAGACCAUAGGGCUGCUUUUUCAGUAGAGAGAGAUGACUGGUGGUGGUUUAAACUGAAGGUCACCACAUCUCAGGCAGGGUGGGGGGAGAUUGAGAAGGAGAGUCAUUCAUGAUCAACUCUGCUGGUGUAGGAAUUAAACCCACUCUGCAUCGCAAAUCUGCUGUCCAGCAAGCUGAGCUAACUGACUCUCUACUAGAAAGUACUGGUUGUGGGUUUGGAAGGGGCUGUCUAAGGAGCCUGGGUGAAUUUCUGCAGCGCAUCUUGCAGGUGGUACACACAGCUACGACUUUCCUUCAAUGUUGUGGGAAGUGAUCGGCACAACAUCCAUCCAAACAAUCAAGCAGGUUGCUUUGUCCUGAAUGGCGUCAGCCUUCUUGAGUGUUUUUGGCUCUGUACACAUUCAGGGAAGUGGGGAGUAUUGUAUAACACCCCUGACUUGUUCCUAGCAAAGAUGGUGGAUGGGUUUUGGGCAGUCAGGCAAAUAGGUAACUCACUACUACAUUCCUGGCCUCCAACCUGCUCUUGUAGCCACGUUAUUUACGUGGCUAGUCCAGUUCAGUUUCAGGUCAGUGAUAACCCUCAGGAUGUUGAUAAUGGUGCUUGCAGCUCUGGUAAUCACAGAAUUGUUUUGGUGCAGAAGGAGGCCAUUCAGCCCAUAGUGUCUGCAUUAGUUCUCUGAACAUUUUAUUUAGUGACAAACUCCUGCCUUUUCCUCAACCCUGUAUAUUGUUUCUAUGUAAACAAUCAUCAUCCAAUUUCCUCUUGACCGGCUCAACUGAACCUGCCUCUCCAACAUUUCGAAGCAGUGUUUUCCAAACUUGGAAAAGUAUUUCUCACUUCUUCCAACACAAAAUACUCCAAAACUGUGCAUUCUGGCUCACAAUCCUGUUAUGGUCAGGGGCAAUUUUCCUUAUUUAUUCUGUCUGGAACCUUUAUAAUUUUCAAAAUUUCUAUCAAUACUUCUCUCAGCCUUCACCCAUCCAAACAAAUAUGUCCCAACUUCUCCAAUCUAUCUUCGUAACUAAAGUUUCUCGUCCUUCGAACAAUUCUUGUGAUACCGUUAAAUGUUAAUGGUAUGUCAUGCCAGACACUUGCAAGAUGCAAAUGUUAUUUGCUACUUGUCAGCCCAAACCUGGAUAUUGUCCAAGUCCUGCUGCAUUUUGACAUGGACUGCUUCAGUUUCUGAAGAGUCAUGAUUGAUGUCGAACUUUGUACAAUCAUCAGCAAACAUCUUCUCACCCAAUGAUGGAGGUAAGGUCAUUGCUGAAGCAGCUGAAGAUGGUAGGGCCUAGGACACUAUCCUGAGGAACUCCUGCAGGCUGUCCUGGAGCUGAGCUGACUGCCCUCCAAAAGCCACAACUAUCUUCCUAUGUGCCAGGUAUAACUAGAACCUGUGGUUUCCUAUUGACUCCAGUUUUGUCCAGGCUCCUUAAUGCCAUACUUGGUGAAAUGCUGACUUGAUGCCAAGGGCAUCACCUCACCUCACCUCUGGAGUUGGGCUUUUGCCAAGUUUGAACUAAGGCUGUGAUGAGAUCAGGAGCUGAACAGCCCUGGUGGAACCCAGGUUAUUACUAAAUAAGUGAUGCUUUAUAGCACUUGUUGAUGGUCCCUUCCAUCACUUUACUGACAAUUAUGAAUAGAUUGAUGGAGCAGUAAUUGGCUGAGUUAGAUUUGCCCUGCUUUUUGUAUACAGGACAUACAUGGGAAAUUUCCACAUUGCAGGGUAGAUGCCAGUAUUGUAGCUGUAUUGCAACAACUUGAUUAGAGGUGCAGAAAGUCCUGGAGCACAAGUUUUCAGCACUAUUGUUUGGAAUAUUAUCAGGGCCCAUAGCUUUUGCAGUAUCCAGUGUUUUGUAUAUUUUGAGGGGUUCAGGUGCAUUGAUAUUUAAAAGGUGCAGAAAAUAAUCUGGAAGGCAAAUGGGAUGCUGACCUUUAUAUCUAGAGGAACUGGAGUACAAUGAUGCAGAGGUUAGACCCCACAUUUUUUUUCUUUAUUCUUGAAUGGGAAGAGGGCGUUGCUAGCUAGGCAGCAUUUAUUGCCCAUCCCUAAUUGCCCAGAGGGCAGUUAAGAGUCAACCACAUUGCUGUGGGCUUGGAGUCACAUGUAGGCCAGACCAGGUAAGGAUGGCAGUUUCCUUCCCUAAAGGACAUUAGUGAACCAGAUGGGUUUUUCCAACAAUCGGCAUUAGAUUCUUAAUUCCAGAUAUUUUUAUUGAAUUCAAAUUCCACCAUCGCCGUGGCAGGAUUUGAACCCAGGUCCCCAGAACAUUAUUUGGGUCUCUGGAUUAACAGUCCAGCAAUAAUACCACUAGGCCAUCGCCUCCGACUAGCUAUGACUUGGAGUUCUUUGAGCAGAUCUGGGCACCAGACCUUAGGAAGGAAGUUUACAAGAAUGAUACCUGGAUUUCAGGGGUUAGUUUAUUAGUAGAGAUUACAAAUUAGGCCUGGUUUCUCUACAAUUAUUAAGGUUAAGGGGCAAUCUGAUCAAAGUCUUCAGGAUAUUUAUGGAAAAAGACAGGAUAGAUAAACUAUAUCCACAGGUUGAAGAUUCUAAAACUAGGAGUCAUGAUCUAAAAUGUAGGGUCAGAUCAUCCAGGAGGGAUGUUAGGAAGCCCGUCUAUACACAAAGGGUGGGAGAUGUUUGGAUCUCUCUUCCACAAAUGGUAGUGGAUGCUGAAUUAGUUGUUAGUUUUAAAUCCGAGAUAAAUUUUUGUUAACCAAAGAUAUAAAGGAUAUGGGUCUAUGCAAUUAGGCUACAUUUCAACCACGAUCUCAUUGAGUGGUAGAAUAGGCUCAAAGGGCUGUAUGGUCUAUUCUUGUUCCUGUUUUGUUGAUAUCACAUUGCAGUGUGUUGAAUUGGUUGGAGUCUGGCAGGUGAAAUGGAUCAUUGGCAUGUCUGGCUGAAGAUUGUUAUAUAUGCUUCAACCUUAUCUUUGGCACUGAUGUGCUGUGUUCCCCAUCAAGCAGGGUGGGGAAUGUUUGUAGAAACUCCUUCUCCAGUUACCUGUUUAAUUGUCUACCACCAUUCAUGAAUGUGGCAGGAAUGCAGAGUAUAUAUCUGAUCUUUUGAAGUGGAAUGACUUAAUUCUAUCACUUGCUGCUUAUGUUGUUUUUAUAUGCAAGUAGUCCCGUUUGGUAGCAUCACCAGGUUGACACCUCAUUUUUAGGUUUGCCUGGUGCUGUUCCUGGCAUGCCUUCCUGCAAUCUCCAUUGAACUAGGGUUGAUCCUCUGGUUUGAUGGUAAUGAUAAAGUAGGAGAUAUGCCAGGCCAUCAGGUUGUUGAUUGAACUGAAUUGAACUGCCUAGAGGCAGAUUAAAUAAUACCUUUCAAAAGGUAGCUGGAUAAGUUUUUGGAAAAGAAAAGAUAGAUAUAGGGAAAAAGUAGGGGAGCAGAAUUGUCUUAUGUUUUAUUUUAACAUCCCUGGUGCUGGCUUUCCGACAGGAACAGGAGUGAAUGAGGUUGAUUGAAGGUGGUUCAGAGUGAAGCAUUGUGGGAAAAAUGUCUUUCUAAGAGGUUUUCUCUGGCUCAAGAACAAAGGAUCAAAGGCUAUUAGGAGUAGGCAGGAAAGGCCACAAUCAGAUUAGCCACAAUCUCAUUGAAUGGUGGAAGGGCUUGAGGGCCCAACUAGCCUGUAGGGGAAAAAAAUGCACUGUGCUUAUGACAGAGUUUUUGACAACAUACUGGAAAGGAGAAUAAUUCCCAUCGUCCUAGACAACAUGUAUCCCUCUUAACCAAUAUAUAAACUUAUAUUAUUUAUUUUA